ACAGGCGCUCAGUGAAGCAACACGCUCUGCUAUAAAUACAUGAAUGAUAGCCGAGGCUCUGCAGGCUGCGCGGCGUCUGUAUUUACGUCCUGAACCUGGAGGGCUCGCAGAUCCACGCUGCUGCUGCUGCUGGAUUUAUCUGAGGGGAGUUUACUGCCAGACAUUUUCCUCUUGCUUUGAACUUGUUCUGUGUUUCCUGAGCGCUUAGUGGAGAGUUAAUUUGACGGAGUCGGCUGUGUUUUGGAGAGAGCGGCGAUGGGAGACUUCUGGGGAGACAUAGUCAGUCAGAGGGUGGCCAGAGCGAUGUCCCUGGGGAACGAUGAGGAGGCGGUCUUGGACCAGGGGAAGACCAGCUCCACCCUCUACACCAACUUUGAGAAAGAGGAGCUGGAGAGUCACAGAGCGGUGUACGUCGGCGUCCGUGUUCCCAUGGGCCGAGAGAGUCGAAGGCGCCACCGUCACAGAGGACACAGACAUCACCGGAAACGACGGGGCCGCUCGGACCGGGAGGACGGACGAGAGUCACCCACAUACGACACGCCGUCCCAGAGAGUCCAGUUCAUCCUCGGGACAGAAGACGGCGACGAGGAGCACAUCCCCCACGACCUUUUCACCGAGCUGGACGAGAUCUCCUUCAGAGACGGAGACUUGACGGAGUGGAAGGAGACUGCCAGGUGGCUGAAGUUUGAGGAGGACGUAGAAGACGGCGGUGAGCGCUGGAGUAAACCGUAUGUGGCCACGCUGUCGCUUCACAGUCUGUUUGAGCUGCGUUCCUGCAUCCUGAACGGCACCGUGAUGCUCGACAUGAGGGCCAGCACCAUCGAGGACAUCGCAGACAUGGUGAUUGACAGCAUGGUGGCGUCGGGCCAGCUGGAGGAGGGUGUUCGGGAGAAAGUGAGGGAGGCCAUGUUGCGGCGUCACCACCAUCAGAGCGAGAAGAAGCUGAGCAACCGAAUCCCGCUGGUUCGAUCCUUCGCUGACAUAGGCAAGAAACACUCCGAGCCACACUUACUGGAACGCAACGGGGAGGGUCUGUCCUCCUCUUCUCGCUCCACCCUCCGUCGCUUCUCGGCCACCUCCUGUGACGACUCCACUCUGUCCCGUCGCUUCUCCGUGAUGUUCGGGCAGCUCCUCCCAAGCCCCGCCUCCUCGCCCGAGGCCACCCCCACCCAGGCCCGCCACGGGCGCCACCUCUCUGUACCGUGCCCGCCCAGCCCCGCCCCCUCCGACCUGUCAGGCCACACCUCCUUCGACACGCCACGUCGCUGCUCUGCUCCGGGGGGGCUGUGGGGAGGAGCAGGGAUCCCCGAGGUGGUGAUUCACCCCCCUGAAGAGGAGGUGUUCAGGAUGGAGGACAGACAGGACAACAUCUCCCACCAGGACCUGCUGUUCCCUCACAGUGACGCAGGUCUGCUGGCGUCCCCUCACUCGGCUCCAGGAAACCUCGACAACAAUAAGAACGGCGAGAGUCGCAUCAACGGCGGCAGCCGGGAAAACAGCACCGUGGACUUCAGCAAGGUGGACAUGAACUUCAUGAAGAAGAUCCCUCCUGGCGCAGAGGCGUCCAACGUCCUGGUGGGUGAAGUGGACUUCCUGGAGCGGCCGAUCGUCGCCUUCGUCCGGCUGUCCCCCGCCAUGCUGCUGACCGGCCUCACAGAGGUCCCGGUGCCCACCAGGUUUGUCUUCCUGCUGCUCGGCCCGUUUGGAAAAGGCCCGCAGUACCACGAGAUCGGACGCUCCAUGGCCACUCUGAUGACGGACGAGAUUUUCCACGAUGUUGCCUACAAGGCGAGGGACAGGAUCGACCUGCUGUCGGGGAUCGAUGAGUUCCUGGAUCAGGUGACCGUGCUUCCGCCGGGCGAAUGGGACCCCAGCAUCCGCAUCGAACCCCCGAAGAACGUCCCGUCUCAGGAGAAGAGGAAGAUGCCGUCUGUCCUUAAUGGCUCCGCCCACAUCUCUGACACCAUCAAGGAGGAGGAGCAUCACACGGGACCAGAGCUGCAGAGGACGGGGAGGAUCUUCGGUGGUUUGGUGAACGACGUCCGGAGGAAGGCGCCCUUCCUGUGGAGUGACAUCAGGGACGCGGUCAGCCUGCAGUGUUUGGCGUCCGUCCUCUUCCUCUACUGCGCCUGCAUGUCGCCCGUCAUCACGUUCGGAGGGCUGCUGGGAGAAGCCACCAAAGGAAACAUAAGUGCCAUAGAGUCUCUGUUCGGGGCGUCCAUGACGGGCGUGGCCUACUCCCUGUUUGCUGGUCAGCCUCUCACCAUCCUGGGCAGCACCGGUCCAGUUCUGGUCUUUGAGAAGAUCCUCUUCAAGUUCUGCAGUGAGUACGGCCUGUCCUACCUGUCCCUGAGGACCAGUAUCGGACUCUGGACCGCCUUCCUCUGCCUGCUGCUGGUCGCCACCGACGCCAGCUCUCUGGUCUGCUACAUCACCCGCUUCACCGAAGAAGCCUUCGCCUCCCUCAUCUGCAUCAUCUUCAUCUACGAGGCUCUGGAGAAGCUGGUCACCCUCGGGGAGCUCUACCCCUUCAACAUGCACGACGAGCUGGACAACCUCACCUUCUACACGUGUCAGUGUUCUCCGCCUGCAAACGCCUCAGCUGACGUCCUCCAGAUGUGGAGCAAGAAAAACAUCAGCUCAGAAAACAUCCAGUGGGAACAGCUGAGUGUGAAGGACUGUGUGGAUUUACGCGGCGAGUUUGUCGGUUCGGCCUGCAGCCCGCACGGCCCCUACGUCCCCGACGUCCUCUUCUGGUCCAUCAUCCUCUUCUUCACCACCUUCUUCCUCUCCUCCUUCUUCAAACAGUUCAAGACCAAGAGAUACUUCCCCACAAAGGUCCGAUCCACCAUCAGUGACUUUGCCGUGUUUCUGACCAUCAUGAUCAUGGUGUUGGUGGAUUAUCUGGUCGGAGUUCCUUCACCCAAGCUCCACGUACCCGACCGCUUUGAGCCCACGUCGAGCACUCGAGGGUGGCUGAUCUCACCGCUGGGACCGAACCCCUGGUGGACGCUGCUGGUCGCCGCCGUCCCGGCUCUGCUGUGCACCAUCCUCAUCUUCAUGGACCAGCAAAUCUCCGCCGUCAUCGUCAACAGGAAGGAGAACAAACUGAAGAAAGGCUGUGGCUACCACCUGGACCUGCUGGUGGUGGCGGUGAUGCUGGGUGUGUGCUCCAUCAUGGGCCUGCCGUGGUUCGUGGCGGCGACCGUGCUCUCCAUCUCCCACGUCAACAGUCUGAAACUGGAGUCGGAGUGCGCGGCGCCGGGCGAGCAGCCAAAGUUCCUGGGCAUCAGAGAGCAGAGAGUCACGGGCUUCAUGAUCUUCGUCCUGAUGGGCUGCUCCGUCUUCAUGACCUCCGCCCUCAAGUUCAUCCCGAUGCCCGUCCUGUACGGCGUCUUCCUCUACAUGGGAGUGUCCUCGCUCAAAGGCAUUCAGCUGUUCGACCGCAUCAAACUGUUCGGCAUGCCGUCCAAACACCAGCCGGACCUGAUCUACCUGCGCUACGUCCCUCUGUGGAAGGUCCACAUCUUCACCGUGGUGCAGCUGUCCUGCCUCAUCGUCCUCUGGACCAUCAAGGCCUCGGCCGCCGCUGUUGUCUUCCCCAUGAUGGUUCUGGCUCUGGUGUUCAUCCGUAAGCUUCUGGAUUUCUGCUUCACCAAGAGAGAGCUGAGCUACCUGGACGACCUGAUACCAGAGAGCAAGAAGAAGAAGGAAGAUGACAAGAAGAAGAGGGAGAAGGAGAACGCUCUGCGGAUGCUGGAGGAGGCGGAGGACGAUCAGCCGUACGAUGGAGGAAUGAACUUCCCGAUCAAAACCCUGAAACGCAUGGACCCAUCAGAGGUGAACAUCUCGGAUGAAAUGGCCAAAAGCGGCAUUUGGAAGUCCAUGAACCCCGACAGCAGCAGAGCUCUGAAACGCUGCAACAGCCAGGAGAAGCUGCAGAGCGUCCGGAUAAACGUGGAGACCGAGGACGGUCGCAGAGUCGUGAACGAGGACACGCUGCUAUGAUCCCCCGCCGCUCACCACCAUCGGGCAGCGCUGUUUGAGGACGUGGCUGCAGUUGCUGAGGGGUUACUGCAGCCCUCCAUCUUCUCUGAACUGAGGUCAAAGGUCACAGGAGGACCAAUCAGGCUUCGCCUCGCCCCGUGUCAUACUUCUCAUCCUCAGUUUUCUCGGACGAAGGUGAACGUUUUUAUUUUCUCAUCGUUUUAUGGUGAAACACGGAGACUCCACCACUGGGAGCAAAUAUGGCCGCCACUUUUUGGAAACAGCUUCCUCAGGUUUCUUUGGUUGGUAUUUUUAUUUUUUUUUUACUCAGGCGGUUCUCCUCCGCUGCACUCUGAUUGGCUGCUGAAGCGUCGAACCGAAACACAGACUCGGUGGACGACUGAUUCUCCAGACUGAUGAUCUGAAACUUAAUUUCAUCGUUUUAAAUGUUCCGUUUCUGCUUUAACGAAGCAGACGAGGCUCUUCACCUCCGACAGGUCCAACGCAGGAAGGAGUUUUUAUUUAAUCCGUUAUGCUGAUUUAAGUUGUGAAUGUGUCUGUGAGUGUUUCAGUGUGUGUGUUUGUGUGUGAGAGAGAUCACUGUUGUGCCUCACCCUGUUGCCUGCAGUGGCCGAUUGAAUGACGUCACAGCCGCUGUCUUCAUAGUUUCUACUUAAAGUUUCAAUAAAAUCAGUUUGGUGACGACGAUAA